GAGAAACGGCCACAGUCUUCUUAUCGCAAAGGUACAAAGCUGCUCGUCUUCUCCUCCGGCAUCAGGAAACGUCUUCAAAGCUUCUUCAAAUCCAAGAAAUACAAUCAAAAGAUCAAACUAACAUCAUUGGUGCAUUCAUGUGCAGUCGGACAACGAAGUUGCGUGCAGGAGCGUCGGAAAUCGGAGUAUCAGUAAUGUAAAUUUCCAACGAAAAUGUGAGGGGGGAUCACACGGAACAUCCGCCACUGGCUCACGGUUCCUCAACGUCUCACUGACUCGUCGAACUUUACGACUGCACCUGAAGGCAGCACACGUUAGCUAGCUGCUACAUUAGCAUCAUGCUAGCAACAAGAAAGCAACAGUUCGCUCAUCCUGCAGACUCGCUUAACUCACGUCCAUCGCUGUAACCCCUCUAAAGUCCUUUAGUUUAUCUAUCUCCGGUACAAAUGGACUUCAGUGAGUAUAUUUUGUCGGCGGGCCGGGCCGUGCUGGAGAUGGUGGAGCGGGAGUGGCAACCUCUGUCUGCGGGGGAGCUGGAGCACCGGCUGGACCAGGCGGUGGAGGAGAUCCUGGAGUCGGACCUGAUAGCAACACUUGAAGCGCAGCCUCCUCCUCCUCCACCUCCACAAACGAUCUACGUACAGUUACUGCAAAGCCAGGCGACUCUUGGACCCCAAAUUGUACACACAACAACAUACAGCCUCCCGGAGGAAGAUUCAGCAGAGUCUCAGGAGCAGCUGGAUACUGUGGACGGUGCAGCGGUCAGGUACAUCUCAGACCUGCUUCAAAGCUCUAAAUCCAGGGCUCGGAUGGCCGGUCGGGCUCGCUUAUCUCUGUCCCACACCGUCCUCCUGUCUCUCACGCUGCUCUCUGAACGAGUCAGCUACCGAUCGGUGUCUCGCCGCUUCCAGCUGGAGAAAGGAAACAUCCACAGGAUCUUCUUUUCUUUCUGUGAACGUGUCAACACGUUGGAGGAGAAGCAGAUUCGGUGGCCAGUCGGCAGAGAAGCUGAAGAGGCACUUUUUCCAUUUUCCAAUCUGCUUGGAAAAGACGAGCAGGAGGAGGGACAAAGUGUCCCCGAAGUCCUGGGAGUGUUGGGACGCAUUCGGAUCCCCAUCCGCCUGCCUAUAGGGAAGCAUGACGAGGAGAGCUCAGUGCCUGAAGUGAAGAGAAUGAAGAAGGAGGCUCAUCCUGACUCCUGGUUAAACCUUGAGCUUAUAUGUGACCGUAGAGGACGGUUUCUUUACUGCAGAAUCAGUAAAGGCUCAGACAUGGAGAGAGGCGAUGCUCUGAGAGACAAACUGAAACAGCAGCCUGAGUUGAUGCCCUCUGGGUCCUGCCUCGUAGCCAGAGCUGGAUAUCCGCUCACUGCCCAGGUUUUAACCCCGUACACAGAAAGUCACAAACCAAGAGAGGAACUGUUUAACAAGACGCUGGAGGAGCAUCUUCACAUCCUGGAUCAGGCUGUUGCCAACCUGAAAGCCAGAUUUAAACGGCUCAGGUAUCUGGAUAUUGGACAUUAUGACCGAGCCAGGGCUGUUGUGCUGACCGCCUGCGUCCUGCACAAUGUGUUUUUGGAAAUGGGACAAGUUUUUCAAGGAGAAGUUGAGACCGAGGAAGCCAUAAUAAGUGAGGGAGACAUGGAGGCUGAUGUAGAGGGUGUACGCAGACGUGACGCGAUUGCAGAUUUGUUGUUUAAAAAAUCUUAUUCUGGAAACACGUGAUUUUAUGAUGUCUUCUAAAUAACAGUCUUCUAAGAUAAAGAUUUAUUUUAACAGAAUCUCUGCUGUCUGAAUCUGUCUGCACACCAACACUUUAAACAUUCGUCAGGUUUGUCAUGUUGCGGUUUUAUGGAGGUAUUAAAUAAAGUUUACCAGAGUUUGGAAGGUG